AUGUCGUUUUCUAACCUUGUGUCUGAUAUUUCGUUUAGAGACUCGCAGGGCGAUGAGCGUCUGUCUACGAUACCCAGAGGGACUCGCUCUCACGCUCCAUCCUCAUACCAGAGCACCACCACCAGUGUCAGCAUUUCGGGGAGUAUCUCCAGCCAGCUGCAUGCAGGAUACAACCAUCCGUUGACCAGAGAAUGGCAGGCAGAAAGGCAAUUAACCAAGUCUAUGCUCAUGUACCCUCUCUUCAUCACGGACAGGCCUGACGACCAGAUCGCCGUCCCCUCCCUACCAAACCAAUACCAACUCGGCCUACACAAAAUAAUUCCAUUUCUUAAACCUCUGGUGAAAAAGGGCUUGCGAUCUGUCAUUCUUUUCGGUGUCCCACUAGCCCCAGGAUCCAAAGACGCUCUAGGGACCACUGCAGAUGACCCGUCAGGACCUGUCAUACAAGCCAUCCGGCUGUUACGCGCUCACUUCCCAUCUCUAUACAUAACGACCGACGUAUGUUUGUGCGAAUAUACUUCCCACGGCCACUGCGGCAUACUCCGCGAAGACGGGUCGCUGAACAAUACUCUUUCGGUCGAGAGGCUUUCGGACAUUGCUGUAGCGUAUGCUCAGGCUGGUGCACACUGCGUUGCUCCCUCAGAUAUGAAUGACGGCCGAGUCAGGGCUAUUAAGCUGAAGCUCAUCGAGGCGGGUAUAUCACACCAAGUGGUGUUGAUGUCGUAUGCAGCCAAAUUCAGUGGGUGUCUGUACGGCCCAUUUAGAGAUGCGGCGGGCUCGUCUCCUUCGUUUGGGGAUAGAAAGUGUUACCAGCUUCCGCCCAGUGGUAGGGGAUUAGCAAGAAGAGCUAUUCAGAGAGAUAUAAACGAGGGCGCGGAUAUUAUCAUGGUGAAGCCUGCAGGGGCGUAUCUGGAUAUCAUUAGUGAUGCCAAGGAGUUGGGGAGGGAUAUGCCGGUUGCGGCGUACCAGGUGAGUGGUGAAUAUGCGAUGAUACACGCUGGUGCGAAGGCCGGGGUGUUCGAUCUCAAAGCGAUGGUGCUGGAGAGCAUGCAGGGGAUUCUCAGGGCUGGUGGAAGCAUUGUGACAACCUAUUUUGUACCAGAGCUUCUGGAUUGGCUGGAGUCUUGA